GCACUAAAUGCAACACAGCGCAAGAUGGCAUGAAAAUUUCGUCACGGAAUGUUUGGUGUAGACCAAAAUGAAAUGAAGUUUCACGAUGUCAUUCUGUGAUCGACUAAUUUCUGAAAAAGGAAGAAGCCUUCAGUUAUCUAAAGGAGAAAAUCCGGAACCGUACACAAGGUUGGAGGGAGAAAACUCUGAGUGUGGCUGGAAAGGAAAUUUUAAUUAAAGUGGUGGGCCAAGCGAUUCCUUCGUAUGUGAUGAAUUGUUUUGAGCUUCCGAAGCAUUUGUGUGAGGAGAUGCACCGUUUGAUGGCCCGGUUUUGGUGGGGGGAGAUGAGUCGGUGAGGAAGAUUCAUUGGGUUUCAUGGGAAAAACUUUGUUCUCCUAAGAAUGAAGGCGGUAUGGGCUUUAGAAAUAUGCAUCACUUUAAUUUGGCUCUUUUGGCCAAGCAAGGAUGGCGAUUGAUUCAACAACCGGCUUCUAUUGUGGCUAGACUCCUUAAAGCUAAAUACUAUCCUCAUUGUUCUUUUUUGGAAGCGGAGGUGAAAGGGGGGGACUCGUAUACUUGGAGGAGUAUUAUCUCUGGUAGGGAAGUUUUGAAGAAGGGUCUGCGGUUCCAAGUUGGAGAUGGCCAGAGUAUUUCGGUUUGGCGCGAUCCAUGGGUGCCUUUACCUUUUUCAUUCAAACCGUAUUCUCCUUUGAUGGAAGGGACAAAGGAUUUUAUGGUAGCUGAUCUUAUAGAUGAGGGUGGCCGAGAGUGGGUAAUGGAGCUCCUGGAAGAACUUUUCACAAGUCAUGAAGUUGAUACUAUUGCGGCUAUUCCCUUAAGUCUACGGAAUUCUGAUGAUCGGUUGGUGUGGCAUUACGAUCGGAAAGGCAUUUAUAGUGUUAAGAGCGGUUACUACAUUUUUCAUAAGGCGCAAACGGUGAGAGAUUGUGCAUCUGGGUCGAUGGGGGAGGGUGGUGCUUGGAGGCGUUACUGGCAUAUGCUAUGGAGUGCUUCUGUUCCCCCAAAAGUUAAGUUAUUCAUGUGGAAGUUGAUUAAGGGAAUCUUGCCAACUAAAUGCAAUCUAGUACAAAAGAAGGUUUCUCUCCCUGAUGAGAAGUGCACGUUCUGCAUGGCUGCAUGUGAAUCAGGUACACAUUUAUUUAAAGAUUGCCCAACAUUACUUUGCUUUUGGUUGUAUGGGCCUUUGCAUUUAAACCCCGUUGAGCACCCAGCCAAGACUCUUUCUUCAUGGACGUUGGAUAUGCUAGACAUCUUGUCUGUUGACCAGUGUGAUUUUUUCUUCAUGGGGCUGUGGGCUGUUUGGUUCGAAAGAAAUAAGAUGGUUUGGAAGAAUGAUGCCUUCCAACCGUUGAUGUUGAUUGAGUGGGCUGUGCGUCACCUUGUUGAGUUCCAGAAGUACCAUCCAAAGGCUGUGAGAAAGAAGAAGCAGGCACCCAUGAAAUGGCAGUGCUCUCCUAGAGGGAGAUUGAAGAUAAAUGUGGAUGGAGCAUUUCGAGCGGAUGUGGGUUGUGGAGGCAUUGGUGUAGUAGUCCGGGAUGAUGUUGGCAUGGGUAUUGCUGCUUUGGCUAGGCCUUUUCUACAUGCACACUCAGUCCUCAAUAUGGAAGCUGAGGCGUGUAGAGCUGGUCUACUUCUUGGUAUUCAUCAAGGUUGGUCUGACAUUGAGAUUGAAAGCGACUCUGCCAUUCUUGUUGCUGCACUUAAUAGCGGAGAGAAGAAUUUUUCGCAGGUUAGUCAGAUUCUAGAUGAUUGUAAGGAACUAAGGAUUAUAUGUCUUCUUUUCAAUCUGUUAGGAUUCGUUAUAUCUACCGUGAAGCUAAUGGUGUUGCAGAUAGGCUUGCACACCUAGCUAGUUUGUUUUGUAUUGAUGAUGUGUGGUUAGAGGAGACUCCUGCUAUUAUUCAGGAUGUUAUCUACGAGGAUUAUUGUAAUAGUACUUAUGUGGCUAGGGAUUCAGGUUAUAUGUCCCCUCGAUGCAAGUUUUAAAUUUAAUAAAUGGCACCGGGCGUGUGACUGAGCCUCCCAGCUAGACUGGGUUCCAAACUCCUUUCCAAAAAAAAAAAAAAAUCAGAAUAAAUUUUGAAUGUUCCCGUU